CCGAAAUAUAAAAAAAAAACAGAAUUAUCCAAAUAUUAUCCAAAAAACAGGGAAAAAAACUAAUUUUCUGGUUUAUAACCCGAAUUAACCAAAACAUUUGAACCGAAUGAAAUCCAAAUUACCUCAGAAAUUAAUUAUCUCAGAUAUUUAACAUGUUUCCAACUUGUAGAAUCAAAUGCCAGGGAUACUGUGAAUAAAUAAAAGACUCACCCAUUAUAUCGUACCUGGGCGUCGUGACCACGUAACGUUGUAUUCAAUUAUAUUGUUUUUUUACUCUCUCAAGAUAUUAAAAUUUAAGGAUAUUCAAGGUGUGUCUGGCCGUUGUCAAAAGUCAGCACCAUGCCUCCAUUGGACUUUCACAUUUGCAAAAUAAUUUCCAAAGCAUCACGAUCAUCGUAUCGGUAAGAGAAUGAUACAAAUUCUCUCUUAUCAUUAGAAGCAUUUUGUUGUCAUCUUCUUCUUGACUUUCCCUGCCAAAAGACAUCCUCCGUCUGUUCUUCUUUUGGUCAACUCACUCUUGAUCAUUUAUGGGCAAAUCAAGAUCCAUGGUCAGACGCUUCUUGUUGGUGAUCUUCCUACAGAUCCUUGUUCAGGCUCAUAGAGCAACAUCAAAGACGACUACAGAGUUCCUUUUUCAAGGCUUUAAUGGAAACAAAUCAAAAAUUCAAUUAGAUGGAGAUUCAGCCAUCACGCCCAACGGACUACUAAGACUCACCGAACGAAAGCCAGACCUUGCGGGAACUGCCUUUUACGAUAAACCGGUUAGACUGCUCGACAAUGACUCCACGGUUCGUUCUUUUAGCACUUCUUUCGUCUUUGUCAUCAUCCCUUCAAGCUCAAACAACGGCGGUUUCGGCUUUACAUUUACACUAUCUCCAACCCCAAACCGUCCCGACGCGGAGAACGCGCAGUACUUGGGCCUCCUCAACGAAGAUAACGACGGUGAUCCGGACAACCACGUAUUCGCAGUGGAGUUCGACACGGUCCAAGGAUACAAAGACAGCACAAACCGAAUAGGCAACCACAUCGGUCUAAAUUUCAACAGCCUCUCUUCACAGGUCCAAGAACCCGUGGCUUACUACGACAAAGAAGGACACAAAGAAGAUUUUCAACUCACGAGCGGCGAGCCAAUCCAAGUCUUUAUCGAUUACAACGGACCAACCAAAAGGCUUACCCUCACUGUCUACCCGACCAGACUCGGAUCCAAACCGACAAUACCUCUCAUCUCCCAAAGGGUUCCUAAACUAAUAGAGAUCGUGCAAGAAGAAAUGUUUGUCGGAUUCACCGCCGCCACAGGGGAGGAGAUAUCGAGUUCGCAUUACGUGAUGGGUUGGAGUUUCUCAACCGGUACGUCCCCAGCAACGACGCUCAACAUCUCGGCCCUUCCUCGCCCGCCUCCGAAUACGUCGAAGAAGGCCAGAUUCAACAAAGAGGUCAUCUCCCUAGUGGUGUCUUUAACGACUGUUGUAACGCUUAUGUUAGUGUUAUUGAUUGUCUUGAUAAUAUACAAACGGCGUUUGCAACAAGACGAUGUUCUAGAGGAUUGGGAACUCGAUCAUCCACACAGGUUUCGAUAUAAAGAUCUACAUACAGCUACGGAUGGGUUCAAUAAGAACAGGAUCAUAGGAACGGGAGGAUUCGGAACUGUUUACAAAGGAAUGAUAACCACGUCAUCAUCCUCAUCAUCGUCAACAUCAUCAUCAACAUCUCCGUCUGGCGAAAUCGCAGUCAAGAAGAUAACUCCCAACAGCGUGCAAGGCAUUCGAGAGUUCGUAGCCGAGAUCGAGAGCUUAGGCCGUUUGCGUCAUAAAAACCUAGUCAACCUUCAAGGAUGGUGUAAACACGGAAACGAUCUACUCCUAAUUUACGAUUAUAUCCCUAACGGAAGUCUAGACUCGCUUCUCUACAGUAAACCUAGGAUAAGCGGCGCCGUUUUAACCUGGAAAGCGCGUUUUCAAAUCGCGAAAGGAAUCGCGUCUGGCUUACUCUACCUGCACGAGGAGUGGGAGAAGAUCGUGAUCCACCGAGACGUCAAACCUAGCAACGUCCUAAUCGACGAUCAGAUGAACCCUAGGCUCGGCGAUUUCGGACUCGCGAGGCUCCACGAGCGCGGAUCCCUCUCCCACACCACCGUCGUCGUCGGAACGAUCGGUUACAUGGCGCCGGAGCUCACGCGGAACGGAAACUCCUCGUCCGCGUCGGACGUUUUCGCGUUCGGCGUCUUGCUGCUGGAGAUCGUCUCCGGGAGGAAACCGACGGACUCCGGGAGCUUCUUCUUGGCCGAUUGGGUUAUGGAGUUGUAUGUGAGCGGCGACGUGUUGCGUGCGGUGGAUGCGAGGCUCGGAUCUGGUUACGAUGAGAGGGAGGCGAGGCUUGCUUUCUCCGUGGGGUUGUUGUGUUGCCAUCCGAAAAGGGGAUCGCGUCCGGCGAUGAGGAUGGUGUUGAGGUACUUGAAUGGAGACGAGGAGGUUCCUGAGAUUGAGGUGUACUCGCAUUCUUCGAGGAGAUACUCACUUCCUGAUUUGAAAGAGUGAUUUGGUUCUGGAUUUUUAGUUUUUGUGUUUGGAAAAUUAGUGUUAUGGAUUUAUUUAAUUAAUGC